AUGGAAUUGAAAAUCCAGGGUGUCAAGAUUCACAUGCCCUAUAAGCCCUACGGAUGUCAACUCUCCAUGAUCAACCGGGUAUGUCUGGCCUACAUUCUUUUUAUGUCAGGUUAUGAAGGACCCUGCAAGGCCUGUUUGGCUGCCACAGUGAAUGCCACCGCGUCUACUGUCACCAAAUCGAAACAAACAGACGAAUGGUAUGACGAUUUCGUGGAGCGUGAUGCUAACGGUGCGUCUUCCGUCGAGAAGCCCUUAAUGUGCACUUGUGGUUCCCAAGAAGCCCUCCUUGAGCGACCACCGAGGAUCUUCUUCGGCACGCGUACUCACAAGCAAAUAUCCCAGGUCGUCCGUGAGUUGCGUAAGACCAAAUACGCAAAGACCCGUAUGUGCAUCUUAAGUAGUCGGGCCCACACCUGCAUCAAUCCUGAUAUUCGUCGACAGAGCAACAUCAAUGAUGCCUGUGCUAACCUAACACGUAUGGGAGCUUGUCCCUACGAUCAACCUAAAAAACGUUCUGACGUAACCAAAUGCAUAGAAGAUCUCAACCGAACCGGUUCUUGGGACCUAGAAGAGUAUGUUGAGCGCUUAUCAAAGGUCCCUGUUUGUCCUUACUUUCGAGCUUGGAAGCUGGUUGAAAUGGCCACAAUUGUCUUUUGCCCAUAUAAUUACCUUUUGGAUACCGUGAUUAGAGGGAAGGUCGCCAGCGACCUAGAAGGCAGCAUAAUUAUCAUCGACGAGGCGCAUAACCUUGAAGAUGCCGCCAGAGAGGCCACUUCCUGCACUAUUCUGGAGAAGGAUAUUCUCACCGCGAAGGAGGACCUCCAUAAGUUUAUUAACCUUCGACCCCCCGAAGCGGAGAACACCGAACCACUCCUCAAUCUCCUCGCGAGCCUUCAUAGGGUCAUGGAAAUAACCAGAUCACGUCUUGUGUCUGUCGGAGACUCGGCUAAUUCUGCCCAUGUGUGGACGGGUUCUGAAAUCGAGGGACUUCUACAAACAGUGGGACUAGGGGAGGACAGGUUUCGAUCGAUUCGGGUACCUUUUCUAAUCGCUUACCAUUACGCGCUUGUUUUUGAUAUGUUGAUCCCUAUUCUGCGCUAA